AUGCCAAAUAAAUUGUCAAAAUUGCUUACAUCAAAAUCAGUGAAAAAUACCCAUUCUCCAAAAAAAACUACUGCUACUACUUCGUUCUAUUCUGGUGUAUCAGGUGCACAACGUGCUAUACAACAACAACGAUUAUUACGAUCUCGACAUUCCACUCGAAAGAAACAUGAUCUUGAACCUAUAAUCGAAGAUGCACAAGAAAGUUGUGAAGCUCCAGUUCAUUAUCAUCCAUGGGAAUCGGAAUAUCAUAAAAUAGUUACUCGGGAAAAAUAUAUCAAAUCAAUGAUAAAAGAUUCAUAUACACCCACAGUACGAGUAAUUUCUCACGCUGUUGAAGAUGUAACAACUGAAACUGAAUGUUGUCCUGUUUUGGUAGCAGCUGAAGCUGUAAAAAUCGAAACAUUCAAUAUAAAACAAGCACCUAGACGAUCAUCAGUACCAAAUAUCAUCCGUUACUUAAGACGUAUGGAACAAAUGCCGCUUGCACGACCUGCACCAUCUCUAACUCCAGUAAAAAUAUCAUCAUCAUCAUUAUCAGCUCAAGCACAAGAUAAAAAACCAAUCAUUUCAGUGACAAAUACUAGUAACAUAGUUGGUACUGCUCCUAAUUUAAUUACAAAGGAUCGAUCAUUAAAUCGAGCUAAAACACAUAGCGAUGGAUCUGUUAUUCGAAGACCACCAAGAAAAUUAGGUGUAAAUUUUACUCAUGAAAUCAUCAUGCCACUAUCAGUGUAUGGUUGA